GACGAAUUGUCCAUUAAUAGAAAAUGGCUGCAUGAAAAGUAAUAAUCAGUAUCGUGUGCCACGAAAAUGUAUCAAGUUACGAUGGAAACUCUUGACAUUGUUGCUGUAUCUACACGGAUUACCACAGUUCCAAACAUAUAUUUUCAAAACAAAGCUUUAUUUGCUUAUAAUAAUUGUGAUCUUACAAAAAAUUCGUUGUAUUGUGAACGUUAUUAUUUGUCUGAUUACAUUUGUCACAGCUGCAAAGAUUGUAUUUCUCCACACAGAAAUUUUAGAACACAAAGAGAGAACCUUUAGGCGGGCAAUUAAUUACGCAACAUUUAUAUUUUCUGAUACGUCUGCAGUAGAAAAUUUUAUAAUGCGUAAUAAUAAUGUACCUGAUCCUUCUCGGCACAUCAAUGAUUAUAAUGAAGGAAAUAAUGAUAAAAUAUAUAAUUUGCAAAAAAAUCAAUUUAAAUCACGAACAAUUUCGGAAGAAUCCACCGAUUCCGAAGAUGGUUAUUAUAUAGUUUUUGAAAGUAAAUCAGGUACGGCCAAUACAAACAGUACGGCCGAUGUUGACUACAGUGAAAUAAGUUACGAGGAUGAAGAUGGCAAAAAUAAUGAAGAAUUAACACGAAAGGUGAAGUUUGAUUUAAUUCCAAUUGUGCAUAUCAUGGUUCAAUGGGAUUAUGCAUACCGAGCAGCUCGUAAAGGCCCGUGGGAGGAAAUGGCACGGGAUAGGGAGAGAUUCAAAAGACGUAUAAAUUGCAUUGCGGCUGUUCUUGACCCAAUUUUAGCAAGUCAACACCGGGCUCAUGUUUGGCAGGAACGAUUCGCUCUUCAGAAAUAGUUUUGUACUUUUAAUGCUGUAAGGUAACUUAUAAUAAAUGCAAAAAAAUACUGUA